GUGUUUUCCUUCGAUUCUGCUCCCUCCCCCUAGACGUUCCUGUUCUUCUCUGCGCUGAGUUCCAUUGCCGCGGGAGGGAGAUUCGGUAUAAUAGAUCGGUGAAGGAAUAUCGCCAAUGCGCUACUGGAGAGAGCGCUGAAAUCCGGGAGCAGCAUGGCCGCGUUACUCGGAGAGGAUGACUUUGAUCAGUUUGAUAAGCCUGGCGCAGAACGAUUUCGGAGACGAAGAACAGUCGAUGAUGAGUGGGACAGCGAACUGGAGGAUGAUCUGCUCGAGGAAGAUGUAUUGCCGGGGAAAAAGAGUUCGCUAGAUCUGUCAGAUGAAGAGUUAAAUGAUGAUCUUUUACAAAGCGAUGAAGAGGAGCAGGAGCCAAAUUACAGUGGCCAAGGAGUGGCUCUUAGUUUAAACGCUACUGCUGGGGGUUUGAACUCAUUUGAGUUGUCAAAGAGCGUAAACGAAGACCCUGAAGUUGAGGAGCCUGAGUUGGGAGAGGAUGAGGCCGUGUACGAGGAAGUUGAGGAGCCUGAAGCCUGUGCUGUGGAUUUUGCAGAUGGAUACGAAGAAGCCGAUGAGCUGCCAGAAGAGCCUACAGAGUAUAUGGAAGAAGAGACCACUGAUGAGGUGUUAGACCUUGAGAUCAAUGAACCUCUAGAUGAAUUUCAAGAGGAGGUUUACACUCAGUCAUACAAGAGGCAAAAAAUGAUGCGAGAAGCAGAAUAUGCCACGGAUAAUGUGGAAGAACCAGAAGAGGAAGAAGCAGUAGAAGAGACAGUUGAAGGAACAAUAGAAGCACAAGACCUAGCCAAUGACUCUGAAGAGAUUCCUGCUGAGUCGCAAGAAAUGGCCCCUGAAACAAAAGAAUAUUCAGAUGAAGAUGAUGAGGAGGAGGAAGGGGGCGGCCGCAUACGUUUUAAAACUGAACGUAAAGAAGGGACGAUUAUUCGGUUGUCUGAUUCAACUCGUGAAAGAAGAAACAUCCCAGAAACUUUAGAGCUCUCUGCUGAAGCCAAAGCUUCUCUGCAGGAAUUCGAGGAAAUGGAGCGGCUGCGCAAGGGACGAUAUGCCUCUAGAAGAGGGAGACGCGGAGGCAACAAUUCAAUGCAACGAGGAAUGGGAGAACAGAGGCACGACUGCAAUGACAGGCGAAUCAGGGACCAGAGAUCGUCUCAUGGGCAACCCAUCCGUAGCCUGUUUCACCAAAAUCAGAUUCAUCCUCUUCUUCCCAUGCCACGUUCCCGGAAUCCUUCUUCUGAUUCCAUGACCUCGCCUCCUCCGCAAGAGAAACAACGAACGGGUGGGAAAAUUCUGGUGUCGACAUCGCAGCAACCAAAAACUAUACACAUAAAUCCUCAUUUUAAAGGCAAUGUUACACCUGUUCAAGUGCCCCUCUUACCGGCCCCUAACCAGCCUCGACCACCUCUUGGACCACCAAGGUUUCCAGGAAUGCCAGAGUUUCCACACCCUGCUCCCGGCAACUUUAACCCACCCCCCAGACUACAGGAGCCAUGGCGAAAUCCACCACCCCAACCAGAGAGGGAACCAUUCUUUCUAGGAGAACCAAGAUUUCCAAACCAACAUCUGUUUGACCAACGAAACCCACCUCCAGGCCCCCCUCCUCCAUUAUUAAAUAAUAACCACACACUUCCGAACCAAGGACAACAUCCGUUCAAUCAACCUGGGCCGGGCUUUAAUCAACCCAGUCAACAACCAAGGUUCAAUCAACCAGGCCCACAGCAAAAUUUCAACCACCCUGGCCCUCAGCCUGGAUUUCCUCAGCCAGGACAUGGUCCUCAGCAGAAUUUUAACCAGUCUGGCCCACCACCAGGCUUUAAUCAGCCUGGGUUUAGCCAACCAGGCCCACAACCUGGGUUUAACCAACCUGGUCCUCAGCCUGGAUUUAAUCAACCAGGACAUCAGCCUUUGUUUAACCAGCCUGGUUUUGGUCAACUUGGCCCUCAACCUGGGUUUAACCAGGUUGGUCCUCAGCCCGGGUUUAACCAGCAAGGACUGAACCAACCAGGAUUCAACCAGCCUCCAAAUGUGGGGCCAACUUUCAGCCCGCCAGCACCUGGUUCAGGUUUUAAUCAACAAGGCCCUUUACCACAACCAUCAUUCAACCAGUCAGGAUUUUCAAGAGAGCGUCCAGUUAGACUCAACACACCAUCUCCAGGUCCCAUGGGAAUUCCUCCAUUUAAUCAGAACUCUCCAAACAGACAUUUUCCUCCUCCGCGACCGCAGUUUCCACCAGGUCCAGGCCAGCCGUUUAUGCCUCAUGUCCAACCAAAUCUUCAGGGACCUAUGCAAGCACCAAUGCCACCUCCACACCAGCCUCACCAUACUCCAGGACCACCCAAACCUCCCAUGCCCAUACCACAGCAGCCAUUCAGACAACAUCAACAAAGCCCACAAAUGUCUUCAAACAACAGAUUUCGUCCACCUAAACCGAGACAGGGUGUUCCUCCUCAAAAUAUGAACAUGGGAGGCAAUCAGCAAAUGAUGCACGCAAGGAACAGCAACUUGCGGGAGUUACCCAUCGCACCACCUUCCUCUUUAGACAGGAACAGGGUGAAACCAAACUCUGCUGCUCAAGUGAAACCAGUAGGUACCACUGCACCACAGGCAAGAGCUGUUGGUAAUCCACAUGUGACAAAGCAAGCAAAUGCCCGCAGCCACAUGCAGGGAGAAUUAAAGCGAGAACAGCUUCCCGAUGAAGAUGAGGAGACCAGAAACUAUCGUUUAAAGAUAGAAGAACAGAAGCGAUUAAGAGAAGCAAUAUUAAAACAGAAGGAGUUGCGUCGUCAGCAACAAGCCGGAGCUAGGAAAAGGGAAUUGCUGGAAAGACUCUCGCACCAGCAGCAACAGCAGCAGCAACAACAACACCAGCAGCAGCAGCAACAACAACAACAGCAGCAGCAACAACAACAACAACAGCAGCAACAACAACAGACUCCUCCAGGGCCACAGCAAGGCCCAGCUGAGCAGGAACUAAAAACAAGCCCUGUUGCGAAUAACAUCAACCCGAUACCACCCCACACUGGCACACAAGUACGUCCAAAUGUGAAAAAUAGACUGCUAGCUCAGAAGCCAGACACACUGCCAGCAAAUGUACCCCAGAAAAUCCCUCCGUUGCAACUGUCAACUGGAACCAAAACCCCUGUUCAGGGACAACCAAAGAAGAUUGUAAAGAAGACUGUGCCCAAUAGGGUAAUGACUGAUAAUGCAGGUCAGAAAGUACAAGUUCGACCUGCUGUUAAUAACGCACAGUUACGGCCACAACAGAUAACAAAAGUGGCCUCUGUGCAGGGACAGCUGCAGGCGGCCAGACCAACUGCCACUAAGAGGACAGUUAUGCAGAGGUCAAACAGUGCAAGCGGAGAAGCUACACCUACACCCGCCAAAGUGCGCGUCAUCAAGUUAUCAGCAGUGGGAGGAGACAAUGGCAAUUUAUCAACAGAGGGAAAUUUCCCUGUACAAUCUCUUCAGCAGAAAACAAACCCACAGCAGAGACCAAACCCACAGCAGAGACCACCAUUUCAACAAAGACUGCAGCAGCAGCAGCAACAAAGGCCCGUGCGAAAAGUGACAAUAGCAAAAGGAACUGCUCAGCAGCCGCAACAACAUCAGUUUCAUGGUCUCACUCCGCCUCCACCUUUUCAGGGUCACGCACAAUUCUUCCAUUCUCACCCGGUGUCUGCAGGCCCUCGGUUUAUGAAUAGUGUUCAGGGACAUCACCAGCCCAACAAGGUGAUUAUGCGUGGAAGAGGCAGAGGAGUAGGAGGACAGAUGGGCCGAGGACGCAUGAUGCCAAAUAAACAGAACCUGCGCGUAGUGGAGUGCAAGCCUCAGCCUCAGCCGUGUGCUGUGGCUGUUGAAGGGCUUUCUUCGUCGACUACCGAUAGCCAGUUGAGAAACAUGCUGAUGUCAGUCGGACCCAUUCAGUUGGCAAAUAACGUGCUGGAUUGCGGUGCAGUAGAGAGACCUCCAAACAAUGAGUUUCGAAAUGCUUCCUCAUCAGCGAAAAGCCAUAGCCACUUUUAAAGAGCCCAAACACGCUGCGACUUUCCAGCAGAGGUUUCACAGGCAUAUGAUAGAUUUGUCUCACAUCAAUGUGUCCCUGGUUGCCGAGUGAAUCCCGUUGUUGCGCCCAAUCUGCCACAGCAGCCCAGCGUCGGAAUCCAAGAUGGAUCCCAGAGACUUCCUUGAGUGACAAAGGUCGGCUUUGGAUUGACUCAACGGAGAACAGAAAGACAGUGGACAUGUUUCAUUUUUUUGCUGGGUGGGGGUUGCAGUUAGUGAAGGGGGCAUACAGUGGAACCGUUUCACACACCCUUCACUGUGAGAGCCCCAUCUACUCGGAUCUGGGCAGUUUUUCUUCUUUCUGUAUUUUUGUUCUUGAACGUUUGCUGUGCAAGUCCGUGUGACUCUGUGAGCAGAGACUGGAGUAUCACACGUCCACAUUGAGACAAAAGCAGAACGUUCUUUGUAGCGCAGAAUACGUGAUAAUGGUUUCUCUUAUCUUCUAAGUGGAAUAUGUUUCAAGUCCACUGACUUGUGGGAGCUCUAGAUCCCCCUAGCAUUUGCUCGCAAAAAGGACAAAGUAUUUUUUUUUUUAAUUCCUUCCCUGUGUGUGUGUGUUCUCCUACAUAGUCAUCUGUGCAUUGUAUUUCCCCUGUACAUAUUCCAUGACGCCAUUCAGAAUGCCACAGUCGUAUAUCCGUCACUUCUGAACUCUUCUUGCCAGUCCCUAAUCACUGGAAGGAAAGAACGCUUAUAACAAUCACCCUGAACAUCAAAAUCCAAAAAUUAAACUUUUUAGAUUUCCAUCUUAAACCUUUUUUAGGCAGAGACAAUCGCUGCGAUUCGGGGAGAUUAGUCGCCUGGCGACAAAUCUCCUCUUCUUCGGGGCGACUAAUCUCCCUGAACUACCUCCCCGUCGGCUAGAAUGUCGGG